AUGGCUGAAAACACCAGGUAUCGUUCUCUGGAGGAACAGCUCAAGAAACAAGAAACUCGACUUCAGGAGGUAAUGGAGACCAUGGCCGCAGCUCAGACUUCCUGCCAGAAUAGCUUGCAGCAGAAAUUUCAGGAGGAGCUUGGGCAGAACAACGCGAAGGUAGAGGCGAUGGUAGGCAACCUGGACCAGAGGUUCAGUAAGAUGGAAAUGAAACUCAAUACGCUACUGAAGGUGAUGAUGAAAGAAAAAUGUAUGCCGGAAACAGAGGCAGGCUCAUCGGAACCACUCCUACCGACUCCUCCACCGCAUUUUAAGCUCAUGACGUCCACAGAGGUGCAUGGAGCUCAACCGGAGGUUAGAGCUAAGAUUUUUACUCCCAGCUUGCCAAGACUUGAAAUGCCUAUGUUCGCAUAUGGUAAUCCUAGAGAAUGGUUGAGGAAAUGCCAUAAAUAUUUUUUGAAUUAUCAAAUACCUGAAAAUCAAAGGGUAGAUAUGGUAGAAAUGUUUUUAGAAGGGAGAGCUGAUAAUUGGUUCCAGGGAGUUAGACUGGAAAAACCUAGGUUGAAUUGGUCUGAAUUUUGCGAGCUGUUGUGUGAAAGGUUUACAGGGAAGUGGUCACGUGAUGUGGUUGAGGAAUUCAACAAAUUACAACAAAAAGGGACAGUAGAAGAGUAUGAGGAGAAGUUUGAGGAAUUGAAAACGCUCAUGUUGAUCAGGAAUCCUAGGCUGGAUGAAGGUUAUUUUAUAUCCAGUUUCAUUAGUGGUUUAAAGGAUGAGAUUAAACCAAUGGUCAAAAUGUUCAAACCACAGACUCUAUCCAAAGCGUUUGAGGUUGCUGAAUUGCAGGAAUGCUCACUGGAAACCAUGUCCAAGCAACCUACGACCUCAGGAAGGACUGCGGUUGAACCUAAGUACGGGAUGUUUAGAAACCACAGUAAUAGCCAAAACAAUUCCAGCUCCUAUAAACUUACUGCUAUUGAUCCUACUAAUAGGAAGGUUGACACUAGAUCCAGAGAAGUGAGUAGGAUUUCAGCUGAGGAAAUGCAGUAUAGGCGUAUAGAGGAAGAGGAUGAAGCUGAAUUCGAAGAUGCGGAAGGAGAACAAGAUGAGCUGACUGGGAGGGUAGGAGAAUUGGCUGAAGUGUCACUGAAUGCUCUAGCAGCAGCAAUACAGAGAAAAUCUAUUUUGCUACUAGGCAACUUAGGGGGAAUACCUGUCAAGAUCCUGGUGGACACUGGUAGUUCUGACAGCUUCAUACACUAUCAAUUGGCUAAGUCUUUUCAGCUCCCUUAUCAAACAGUCAGACCUUUUACUGUAACUUUGGCAGAUGGCACUGACAUCACUAGUGGCACAAUUUGUCCAGGUGUUAGAUGGUUAAUACAGGACUAUCAGUUCCAAUUCGAUCUGAAGAUAAUGGAGUUAGGGAACUGGGAUAUCAUCUUAGGAGUUGACUGGAUGUGUCAAUUCAGUCCCAUCACUUUUGAUUUCCAUGCACUCAGUAUUGCUCUUAGCAGCAGGGGUGACUUAUUACAUCUCCAAGGCUUCAUUAACCAACCUGUGAUGGAACUAGUGUUUGAAACCCCUCAAGGACUGCCUCCUGAGAGGGAAUUAGAUCAUCAGAUUACCUUGAAGCCAGGAGCAGAGCCAUUCAAACUUAAACCUUACAGGUACCCCCACGCACAUAAAUCUGAGAUUGAAAAACAGGUGGCUGAAAUGCUUACAAAUGGGAUUGUUAAGCACAGUUGUAGUCCUUUUGCUUCUCCUGUGCUGUUGGUUAAGAAAAAAGACAAUACGUGGAGGCUAUGUGUGGAUUAUAGGAAGCUAAAUGAACUUACUGUCAAGGACAGGUUCCCUAUCCCAAACAUUGAUGAGCUGUUGAAUGAACUACAUGGGAUUAAGUACAUGUCUAAACUAGACCUCAGAGCUGGAUAUCAUCAGCUGAGAGUCAAGACAGCAGACAUACCUAAGACUGCUUUCCAGACACACCAUGGCCAUUUUGAAUUUUUGGUGAUGCCAUUUGGCCUCACUAAUGCACCAGUUACCUUUUAA